ACUGUACAUAUGUUUGAUAGGGAGCCAACGCGGUGAUCUAUUAUCACCGAAUAAGAAGCCAUUUAUCAGGAUAAAAACAGAUUUGACAGCUGGCUUGCAACAUCCAUAUCGUUAUAUGUCCGUUAACAGCAUCGCCAAGCAGGGGCUCUUGCAUUUUGAUAAAUUAUUUUUAAUUUUAUACCAAUGUUAAAACGGUUGACGCUGUAGUAGGCUAAAAAGACACGUUUAAAAGGUUUCACUACAUUUCCCUUAAUGCCAUUAACCGGAUGUGGGCGCGAAACGCGGAAGUACACGAAUGUAAAAGAAUGUUGUGGCUAUUUAUUGUGUUGAUAGCACUGUGACCCAUUUUUAUGCGUGAAUACUGUGUAUAGAAAAUUUAAACCCGUAAAUAGUUCACAUUUUGCGUUAAAUCAAGGAAGAAAAUAGACGACUCGCCUUACGUGUCUUUGUAGCUUCUUUGUAUGAUAUUUCCCAAGAUGCACCGUGCCGGAAGUGAGAUCCGAACGCGGAACUAUGCGAAGAGUGAGCCGGCGGCCAUGCGAGGAUGGCCCAUUGUUUGAGGAGCAGGAGACAGAGGGACAGCGACAGCUUCAUGGCCUCCUACUACAGCAACUCGAUACUCAAGUUGACAUUGACAGAUGUGUUGCUAAAAAGAGAAGUUUCGCACCAGCGGCACUCUACCGGCCAUUCGGUGAGCAGGUGUCCGGCGUACGGAGCUUGUCUCAGUUCCAGGAGCUGCAGGAUGACGAGCAGGAGCUGGCCAGUCUGCGCGAAAUGGGCCUCACCGACCCCGAGAUCCAGCUAUGGCAAAGUCGGGAUGACCCAGAAGUACCUGACCAAUGCCGUGGCAUAUACGCGGCGCCCGGCGUGAAGCGGCAGCGUCUGCAGGCCAUUCGCGACAAGAUGGCGGCCAGGGCGGAGCUUUUGGCUCGGCCUCAGCGCUUCGCCGCCAGCCAGCCGCUUUCCCGCCGUGAGAUGGAGAUCGAGCAGGCGCUCUUCCAGGGCAGUGACCGUCAGAGUUUCCUCACUGCACUCUACCAUCGAGAUGAAAAUAACCAAGACAGCCCACAACGGCCAGCAUCUAUAAAUCCAAUUGACACCCUGUACAGAGAUGUUCUCAGCGAGUCAUCUCAGAGUGGAGAAGCUGCUGGAAUGUCAUACCUUUCUCCAUCCGUGCCAUCACAUGACCCACCACAAAGAAGUCACAGCCAGUCAGAGGACGUCUUACACGAACUGCCGAAGCAUCAGGCCACGGCACAGCUCGAGAUCAGCCGGCCAAUUGGCAGCCUGCGUGGGCCAGAAGGGGCUGGAUCGGGGCAGCCGCUGACUGUCACGGGGCGACUCACCGCCGUGACAGACCAGGAUAUCCGGGACAACCGGGAAAGUCAGGAGAUGAUCCGGAGCAUCCCAAGGUUCCGGAACUACCAGCCUGGAAAACCCUCCAGAGUUAUAUGCGUGAAGAACCUGAGUCCACAGGCAACGGUAGCCCAGCUGGUGGCGCUGUUCUCCAGGUUCGAGGUGGCCAGCGGCACCCCACUGUUGUACCGCCUGCUGACAGGUCGCAUGAAGGGUCAGGCUUUCAUCACUCUGCCAGACACUGAAACGGCCCAGAAUGCUUUGCAGCUACUCCAUGGUUACCGGUUGUUAGGGAAACCUUUGGUGCUAGAGUUUGGCCGCGAGCGAAAGGGGGCUGAGCAACAGGAAGAGAAGACGUGAAAAAAACACAAACUUCACAUCACUGGCUUUAAGUUGACAGUGUUGUUUUAUAUUUAUUUUUGUAUUACUGUGUUGUAUAGAAUUUGAUUGUUGCAAUAGUUUUGUUCAAAUAAAUAUGUCAUUGAUAUUUGUGUUUUUGUAUUACUGUGUUGUAUAGAAUGUU